AUGGUGUCUUGGAUUGGAAUGUAUUCCGAGUUUGAAAGAAACCACGGCUUGCACACAACGCUCGACGCUAUCUUUAAGGUAAUGGCACUCGCAAUGGACGCCAGAGAUUACGAAGAAGAUGUUGCAGAGGAGUCAUUCAACACCUACAGAGCAUUUGCCCAUUUGUUUGGACAUGAAAUGACACCGACCUUGCUUCAAAAAGAAUUGGAGAGUGUCCGAAGCCAGUUUGAGGAAGCUGUCUUGAACUUGGAGACGGAGGUGCAGCAACAAGCCGCGAGGGAAAGCUUUGAGACGUGGUGGCCGCUGGCUCACAGUCACAUCGACUUUGUCAAGGAGGACAAGGAUUUGCUGCUUGUUGAGCGGCCCCAGUACACACCACUAGGGUCUUCAAUGGAAGACAACGAGAAAUGGAUAGAACGAAAGCACACAAGCACAACCUCCUUUGUCAAAAUUGGGUAG